UUCAAUCAGCUGACGCGUUCUUGAGCGGUUGGUUUAAAAGUUUUCUCGGUUCUCUAAAACACUUUAUAUAAAUUUAUUUAUUGUACGUGGAAAUAUAAACUUACGUUUCACAAAUUUAAUUGUAUUUCUUGUGAAGAACAACAACAGCAAAGUUUUUUAAACAAAAUUUUUUUCUGUCUUUCCGAAAACGUAACAAAAUUUUAAUUUUGUAAAAAGAAGAACUUAAAAAAAAUUGUCAAUAAAACUCAAGAAUAAAAUUGACAAAAUUCAUUUGACAUUUUUGUUAAAAUAAAGAAAUAAAUUUAAAAAAAUAACAAGUGUUUGAAAGUGACUAUUGUGCAUCCUAUAAAAACAACAACAAAUAACUGCCCAUAAACUUAACAAAAACAGCAACUUUAAGCUCCUUUUUACCAGCGACUCGCUUAAUACCAAACCACCAAAAUUACUCUCAUACAUAUAAAAAUGGCUUCUCCCGCCUGUAAUCAUGCCAAGCGUGUUAGUAAAUCCUCGAAUUCAUCGUCGUCACAUGUUAGCAUGACGACCUCAACUGCCGAUGAAAAUUUCAUUGAAACAAAAUUGUUCAGUUGGAUGCGUUUGUUCCGUUUUGCUUCGCUAUUAUGUCGUGCCGAAUAAGGAAGCCGAAGACAAAUAGAGGCAAUGCAAUGAAGAGAUGAAAAACACCAAACUCUAACAGAAAAUUCCUCUAAAGGAUCUAUACAAAAAAUGAAAACUAAUGUAACAAUAAUAUGCAAUUAAUUAUUACAACAAAAUAUAUAUUUAUUAGAUUUAUUAAAGUGAAUAACCAAGAAAUAGAAAUUUAAAAUAUGAAAUAAUAGUCAACAAGCCCUUAAGGCUGGAAAACAGUUAAUUAAACUACGAUGGUAUGUGAGAAUAUUUUCAAAAUUUUAAAUCUUGUCAAAUUGACACUUUUGAAUUCCCCAAAAUCUAUGUGAGAAAUUUUCUUUUUUUAAAUAUUUAACAUACCAGUGUUUUUUUAUCAUACAUAUAAUAAUUUGCAAUAUUUCCUAUUCAAGGUAGAUCUUGAAAAUAAAUAAAUAAUGUUCCCUAAUUAUGCUUUCAAUUAUUAAACAAACAACAUACAUUAAACUAAAAUAUCAA